UGAAAGCCCAGUCUUCAACUUGGUGAUUCAAAUUUCUGAUAGUUUUCAUUUGGUAUUUGUCACUGCCUCUCUUCGAGUAGAGCAAUCGAGUGUUGAUAAUGAAAAUUCAUCUUGUACAACAACGAACUCAAGAAAUGGCUCUAAUGGAACAGUUGGAACAAGACAUAAAGCUGUUUGUGUCCGUCCUUCAUUUGGUGGCACUACAGUUUCAAUAGAGGAAACAAUAUUAGUUGAUUCUACCAUUUACACGAUUUCCGGUUUCGAUGCUGAUGGAGACAGAGUUAUCUAUUAUAUGAGAGGAGAUGAUCCAUAUUUUUCACUGAAUGGACGAAAUCUUGUGGUAAAAGCUCACUUGGAUUUUGAACAAGCAAAUCAACAUAUUGUCAACAAUGUAUGGGUAAGAGACAAAAGUACCUCCGUUUCUGAUGGUGAAAAUUGUCCAGUGAUUACAGUUAAUGUUCUGCCAAUCAAUGAGCAUGAUCCAGAGUUCUGCGUCGCAACUCAGACAGUAUACAUUAAGGAAAGACUACCACAUGAUUCUUUCGUGGCUCGCUUGGAAUGCAAAGAUUUUGAUAAGGAUCAUCAAGGUUAUCCUACUGGGUGUACUGACGUGUUCAUUAAGUGUGGCGAUGAUCAAAUUCCGAAGUUUCAGAUUGUUGGCAAUGAAAUAUUAACCACAAGAAAUGCCAUUGAUUACAGCGCUUGUGACGCCAGCUACACACUCAUUGUUGUUGGUGUGGACAAUCCCUCGCGUGGAAGCCCUAGAAGUGGAACCAUGACCGUCUCUGUCAACAUUGAACCAGCACACUAACAAGGAAAAUGUCGUUGAAUGAAAGUGUUAAAGACUUUUUCCUAUGCUAAAUAUCUUUAGGGAUCUUUUUAACAAAUCCUUUUACGUGCAACUAAAAUAAAAAAAUAACUUCGUAUUUUAUCAAUGUAAUCUAUUUUUAAUUUUAUA